CUGUCCCGCGCGACGCUGCUCCGACCGGCCCCGGAGUAGUCUCUGCAGCCCGAAGCUUUGUGGUUUCUCACACUGCACCCUAGACCGCACCUGAGCCACCCGCCCGUCCGCCUGGGCCGUCAGUGCCCGCCCGCCGCGCCUCCCCCACUGCAGCCGGCGCCCGCUCGCGCCGCGCGCAAACUUCCCCGGUCGGCGGGCGCGGGCUACCGCGGCGGGGCCCGGAUGGGCACCCUGACCCGCGGCGACGGCGCCCAUGGACGCUAACCGCCCGGGCGCGUUCGUGCUUAGCAGCGCGCCACUGGCUGCGCUGCACAACAUGGCCGAGAUGAAGACCUCGCUGUUCCCCUACGCGCUGCAGGGUCCUGCCGGCUUCAAAGCGCCUGCAUUGAGCGGCCUAGGGGCGCAGUUGCCUCUUGGCACGCCGCACGGCAUCAGCGACAUUCUGGGGCGACCAGUGGGCACUGCGGGUGGUGGCCUCUUGGGUGGCCUGCCCCGCCUCAACGGGCUAGCCUCGUCUGCGGGCGUCUACUUUGGACCCGCAGCCGCCGUGGCGCGUGGCUAUCCUAAGCCACUGGCCGAGUUGCCUGGGCGCCCGCCCAUCUUCUGGCCCGGCGUGGUGCAGGGCUCGCCUUGGAGGGACCCGCGCCUGGCCGGCCCGGCCCAAGGCACCGGGGUCCUGGACAAGGACGGCAAGAAGAAGCACUCGCGGCCGACUUUCUCGGGCCAGCAGAUCUUCGCGCUGGAGAAGACCUUCGAGCAGACCAAGUACCUGGCGGGCCCGGAGCGCGCACGGCUCGCCUACUCUCUGGGCAUGACUGAGAGCCAGGUGAAGGUGUGGUUCCAGAACCGGCGGACCAAGUGGCGUAAGAGGCACGCGGCAGAGAUGGCUUCGGCCAAGAAGAAGCAAGAUUCGGACGCAGAGAAGCUGAAAGUGGGCGGCUCCGACGCAGAGGACGAUGACGAGUACAACCGGCCCCUCGACCCCAACUCUGACGACGAGAAGAUCACGCGGCUGCUCAAGAAGCACAAACCCUCGAACUUAGCGCUGGUCAGCCCGUGCGGCGGUGGCGCGGGGGAAACCUUGUGAGGCACGGCCAGGCCACAAAACCAGGGUACCGGGCGCGGCCGGGCCCCCGAUGCCAGCCUCCGCGCCGCAGUGUGUAUAUAUAUUUUUUACAGAAUAAGUUAUAAAGCGGCUCGGCUCGGGCGCGACGUGCGGGGUCCGGUGGCAACCCUUCCCGUAGGCGUGGGGUGGGCGGAUCACUUUGUAUAAUCAAUAAAUUAUUUAACACGU